UUCCUCCAACUUUUUAGGCCAUUCUCUUCUCUCCUCUCUCUCUCUCUCAAAACAAAUCUUGAAAGAGAGAAAAAGAGAGAGAAACAAAUCUUUCACUUUACACUUCUCUUCUCAACAAAUCCUCAUCCUAAACAUUUGCUCAUUCUCACGAUGAGCCAUAACCAGAACCAACCUCACCGGCCAGUCCCGGUCCAUGUCACAAACGCCGAGCCAAACCCUAACCCAAACAACCUCCCAAACUUUCUCUUAUCCGUUCGUCUCAAAUACGUAAAACUCGGUUACCAUUACCUAAUCUCCAACGCACUCUACAUCCUCCUCCUCCCUCUCCUCGCCGCAACAAUCGCUAACCUCUCUUCUUUCACCAUCAACGACCUCUCUCUCCUCUACAACACACUCCGUUUCCAUUUCCUCUCCGCCACACUAGCCACCGGACUCUUAAUCUCUCUCUCCACCGCUUACUUCACCACACGUCCUCGCCGUGUCUUCCUCCUCGACUUCUCAUGUUACAAACCAGACCCUUCACUGAUCUGCACUCGAGAAACAUUCAUGGACAGAUCUCAACGUGUAGGUAUCUUCACAGAAGACAACCUAGCUUUCCAACAAAAGAUCCUUGAAAGAUCGGGUCUAGGUCAAAAAACUUACUUCCCUGAAGCCCUUCUUCGUGUCCCUCCUAAUCCUUGUAUGGAAGAAGCGAGAAAGGAGGCAGAGACAGUUAUGUUCGGAGCUAUUGACGCGGUUCUUGAGAAGACCGGUGUUAAACCUAAAGAUAUUGGAAUCCUUGUGGUGAAUUGUAGUUUGUUUAAUCCAACGCCGUCACUUUCUGCUAUGAUUGUGAAUAAGUAUAAGCUUAGAGGAAACAUUUUGAGCUAUAAUCUUGGUGGAAUGGGAUGUAGUGCUGGACUAAUCUCCAUUGAUCUCGCUAAACAAAUGCUUCAGGUAAUAAAUUUAUUCUUUUCUUUGAUAUUUAGAUUCUGUUUUAUUAUCCGGUUUGGUUUAAUCCGGUUUGAUUUUUAGACUGUUAUGAGUCGUCGUGAUUUGUGGAAGAAUAUAAUCUAAGGACUUUUUCUUA